AUGGACAAACUCCCUACGACCGAGUCGCAGCUCGAGGGCAUGCGCAAGACACGGGAGCAGUUGUUGGAGAGCGCUCAAAAGGCUAUCUUCUUCGCUGCCCACGACGUCGAGUCAGCCGAACAAGUCUUGCAGAUGGCGAUUGCCGCAAAGGAGAAAGCCCUGACUAGGGCCAAGGAGAUCGCGCAGGCUAAGCAGGAUCGCGAUCGCGAGCUCUACAUGGCAGUGAAGUUCAAGUACGACGUGGCAGCGCUCAUCCGCGGCAAAGACGUGAAGCUCGAAUUCGAUCUUGUCCCGAUCGAAAAGCCCCCGGCCGGCACCACUGGCAACUUUCUCGUCGUAAAGAACCGUGGACGCGAUAUUGAAUCAGUCGAGGUCAUCAAGGACGAGGCUCCAGCCGCUACACCCCGUACCUUGUCCCCUUCAGCCGAGAACACGCCUGAGGAGAACCACAUCCAUACGUCGAAGAAGAAGGCCAAGCAUGAGACUCAGGAGACGGAGGCGCCGUCUAAGAUCGCGAAGCGCAAGGAGGGCGAAGAUAAUGAGCGCAAGCGCAAGAGGCUGGGAUAG